UAAGCGCUGACUGGGGAAGUACGAGUCGGAAACCUAGACAGACAGACAGACGGUCCCUACCCCCCGGAGCCCGCGGCCCAGGGCGGGCGGCAGAAUCCAACCUCAGCUCGCCCAAGAGAAAAGUGAAGGUUGCCGUAUUUGUACAUUCGUCACACCUGGAGAACCUCAUGUGUUCUUAAGGAAGGAUAAGGCCUUUACUUUUGACUACGUGUUUGACAAUGAAUCACAGCGAGAACAAAUCUAUGCCCAGUGCAUAGAAAAACUCAUCGAAGGUUGUUUUGAGGGAUAUAAUGCUUCCGUUUGUGCCCAUGGACAAACAGGUACUGGCAAAACCUACACCAUGGGGACAGGAUUUGAUGUCUAUAUCACUGAAGAAGAGCAGGGUAUUAUCUCAUGGGCUUUUAAACAUCAUUCUAAGUGUAUCCAGAAGCAAGCCGUUAUUAAGAAUGGGCUCCCGCCUCCAGAUCUCAAAGUGAAUUCCCAGUUCUUAGAGGAAAAUGUGACUGAUAACAAGAUCAUAUCUGAAUCACCUCCGAUGAAUGAAUUUGAAACCCUCACUGACAAAUUCCACUUUGUUGGACUUCCAGGAUCAGAGAGAUUAAAAUGAACAGGAGCUACCGGAGAGAGCAACAAAGAAGGAAUUUCUAUCAACUGUGGACUUGAAAGAUCAAAAAUUGUUUUACUAGGCUAUCAUUGGCACUUCGCAAUGUAUUAAGUACCCUGGGAGAUAAGAGUAAAGAGGCCAUUCAUGUACCCUAUCAGGAUUCCAAACUAACAAGGACCCCCUGGGGGAAAACAGCUAAUUACCAGGCAGACUUAGCCAACAUUACUUGUGAAAUUGCGAUAAACUCAAAGCUGAUCGAUGGACUCAAAAACAGUCAGCGAAGGCUGCAGACCCCGAAGAAGCAGUAUGAAGAGAAAGUAAUGAUGCUGUAGCGUAAAAGUCGGGAUACUCGGCUCGAAAGAAAUCAAGUGCUUCAGAAUUUAGGCCUGGUGGAAUCUUGUUCAGAAGAGAAAGCCAAAAAAGUUAAAUCUGAAUAUAAGAAGCCGCAGACCAUGAGUAACUCCAGACUGCUCAGAAAGAGCAUGCACGUGUGCUGAAGUCAAACUCAAUAUGAAAGACAGCUGAAGAAAUUGCAGCAGGAUGCGACAGAAAUGAAAAAGGCAAAGGUAUGCGUAAUGAAACAGAUGAAAGAAGAACAAGAUGACAGAAUCUCGAAGAAACCGAGAGAUUGCGCAGCUUAAAGAAGACCAACAGAAAUGAGACGUAACAGCCCUUCGGCCGCAAGUAAGACCCAUGUCUGAUAGAGUAGCGGGGUAGGUUAGUCGAAAACCGAGUGCCCCUGAUUCUCCUGAUCAAGACCCGAGUUCCACUGUAGCUGCCGGAGACCUUGAUUCGACUAAGGCUAACAGAAAAUGAGAAUUCCCGUUGCAAGAGUGCAAGCACUGCCAGCAACUGCAGCCAGUGGAACCAGGAAGAAAUACCUGAAAAGGGGAAUGACCCGUCGAGCGCUCACGUCAAAAACUGCCCGGAUGAAGUGGCAACGACUUGAACGUAGGGUCACAGAGAAUGACAACUUCCGUAACGUGAAGAACUCCCAGAAAGAAGAGAGAAACUUUCAGAAAGAAGGGAGCCGGCCAUCAAAGAGAAUGGAGAUGGGGAUAAAAAUGUACAUAGCAUUAAUGAGGAGACGGAAUCACCAACUGCAAACAUCGAUUACAUCAAUGAUAGUGUUUCUGACUGUCAAGCCAAUAUCUUGCAGAUGGAGGAAGCAAAGUUCUCCAUCAACUAUGGGUCCUUUCCCAUGGACGUUCCUGGUCUUGGGGUAUCUGCUGUCAAGUCUGCGAUGCGGAGCCUUCCAGUCCCUGGUUCCCGCCAUGACGCCGAACGAGGAGAAGCUGGUGUUACCCCUGAAAAGGUCUUUCUCCCUGUGGUGCACCGGGGACAGCGAGAUCAGCUGGCGGUUCCCCACGCUGGAUGCCGAGAGCUCCGGCGUGUCCAUCCGCGGUGAGAAGAACAACUGCAGCAACUUCCUGUCCGUGCUGGAGGUGGCCAACGCCUCGGCCGUGCACACAGGCCUCUACACCUGUUACUACAACGACACGCAGGCCCAGGGGACCGGGAUCAUAGGCCGGAAUAUCUACAUCUACGUGCCUGACCCUGACGUCACCUUUGUGCCCUCCGUCAUGGUCGACCACUUCAUCAUCGUGGAGGAAGGCAAUUCCACCGUGAUCCACUGUUGCCCCACCGACCCACAGGCGCAGGUGACACACGCCAGCGAUGGCAAGGAGGUCUCUUCCACCUACGACCGACGCAGAGGCUUCCUGGGUCACUUCACCACGGGGUCCUACACGUGUGAGACGACCAUCCGUGGCAGGAAGUUCCAGACCCCCGAGUUUAACAUCCACACCUUGCGAGUCUCGCAGGAGAUCGUCUUGGAGAUGGAGGCCCCGAAGACGGUAUAAAAGACAGGCGAAACCAUCGUGGUCACCUGUUCCAUCCUGGACAUCGAGCUGGUCGAUUUCCAGUGGAACUAACCGGGUGAGGCGAGGGACAAGGGUGUCGUCAAGAUGGACAAGAUUACGGUCCCGUCCGUCAAGCUGGUGUUCACCCUCACGGUCCCCAAUGCCACGGCCAAGGACUGCGGCAGUUACGAGUGUGCCGUCGGCCACGUCACCAGGGAGGUGCAGCAGACGAAGAAGGUCACCAUCGCCGUCCUAGAGAAAGGCUUCGUCUGGCUCCAGCCUGUCUCCGACCCGGUGGAGGCCGUGAACCUGCACGCGAUCUGGCAUUUUGACGUGGACCUGGAGGCCUACCCCCUGCCCAGGGUGUCCUGGCUGAAGAACAAUGAGUCGCUCACCAAGAACACGACUGGGAUCACCACUAGCGUGCAGAAGACCCAUGAGUACAGGUAUCAGAGCAGGCUGAAGCUGAUCCGUGCAAAGGAGGAAGACAGAGGGCACUACACAAUUGUGGUGCAAAAUGAGGAUGAUAUUGCGAGCUACACUUUUGAGCUGCGGGUUCACGUGCCGGCCUCCAUCUUGGAUCUGGUGGACGACCCCCACGGCUCGGAGGGUCGCCAGACCGUCCGCUGUGUCGCCGAAGGGAUCCCGCUGCCCGACAUCGACUGGCUGAUUUGCGCGGACAUUAAAAUGUGCAAAAAUGAGACCUUGUGGACCCUCCUGGCCACCAACGCAUCCGACAUCACCAUGGUGGCCCACAGGGGCGACCGGGACACGAUUGAGAGUCAGGUGACCUUCCAGCAGGUGGAGGAGACCCUGUUGGUUCGCUGCCUGGCCAAGAACCACCUCGGGGCCGUGACGCGGGAGCUGAAGCUCAAGGCCCCCGUCCUGUGCAUUGAGGUGAACCUGGUUGCUGCCGUCCUGGUGCCCCUGGUUGUGAUCGUCUCCUUCAUCAUGAUGGUCAUCAGGUGGAAACAGAGGCCGCGCUAUGUGAUCCGAUGGAGGUACGUGGAGUCCAUGAGCCGGAACCGCCGCGAGCCGUUCUGCAUGGAACCGGUGCUGCUCCCCUACGACUCGCGCUGGGAGGUUCCGAAGGACCAGCUGGUGCUCGGUCGACUCCUUGGGUCCGGAGCAUUUGGACAGGUGGUUGAAGGCACUGCAAAUGGACUGAGCAAGUCCCAGCCCAAGAUGAAGGUGGCUGUGAAAAUAUUAGGAUCCACGUCUCGAUACAGCGAGAGGCAGGCCCUCUUGGUGGAGCUGGACAUCAUGAUGCAUCUGGGCCCCCAUCUGAACGUUGCCAACCUCCUGGGAGCCUGCACCCAAUCAGGACCCAUCUACAUCAUCAUGGAGUACUGCCUCUAUGGCGAUCUGGGCGACUACCUGCGCAAGAACCGCAAUAGGUUCCUGGCUGUCAACUCGGAGAAGACGGAGGAAGAGCUGGGCACCUUGAGCCCCGACGACAAGAGCACCAUUAAUUACACCUGUCUCACAUCUGAAAAAAAUCGGGACGACGCGGACGUGACGCAGGAGGUCGGCACGCAGAACGUGUCCAAGUUGGAGAGGAAAGAAUCGUCCGAGCAUGUGGACUUGCAUAAAUGCCUGUGCCCCGACAAGAAGCCCAUAUCGGGACCACUGGCAAAACCUGAAGUCCUGGACCUCCUGUCAGAUGACGGUUCGGAAGGCUUUGGCGUGCUGGACCUGCUGAGCUUUUCCUACCAGGUGUCCCGCGGGAUGGAGUUCUUGGCUUCGAGAAACUGCAUCCAUCGGGACCUGGCCGCACGGAACGUCCUGCUGACCCGAGGGAAGAUCGUGAAGAUCGGCGACUUUGGGCUGGCGAGGAAUCUCAAGCAAAACUCCAGCUAUGUGUCUAAGAGCUGCAUGUUCCUGCCCGUAAAGUGGAUGGCCCCGGAGAGCAUCUUCGACAACGUGUACUACAGGCAGAGUGAUGUCUGGUCUUAUGGGGUCCUGCUGUGGGAGAUCUUUUCCGCAGGGAGCACACCCUACCCGGGCAUAACGAUCAAUGCCACAUUUUACGAGGAGAUCAAGAGCGGCUAUCGAAUGCCCAAGCCGGAACACGCCACCAGCGAGGUAUAUGACAUCAUGCUCAAGUGCUGGAACAAGGAACCCGAGAAGAGACCAUCCUUCUACGAGCUGAGCGAGACAGUGGAGGCCAUGCUGCCCAGCCACUACAAGGAGAGGUACGAAAAAAUCCAACAGGACUUCCUGAAGAGUGACCACUCGGCUGUGACCCCGAGAAGAGGUGAGAGGGUCAAGCCACACGUGGGUGACACCUGUGAGAACGAGGAGUGGGAGGACAGCUUGGACAAGCGGAGACUCAGCUGCGCCGACAGAGACUACGUCAACCCCCUAUUGGACUCCGACACCAGUGAGGAGGACGACCUCAGCGAGAGUAACGGGUACAGCUCCCCUAUGUUUGAAGACAGCAGUGCCGAGAUGGUUUCCACCAGCGGGUUCAACAUCCAGGUAGAGAACAAGACCGGCGAGGACAUUGACCCGGCGGACAAUGACGCUGACAGCAAAUCGUCGGAGCAGGUGGAGGGCAGCCUCCCACAGUCCCCCCAACCCCCCUAGUCCCGUGAUGCAUCCGUGUCCCCCCUGCCCCUCCCCAUCUUGCCGAAAACCACUUUAUUGCAAAUAAGAAGUCCCAAGAAGCCUCUGACCUAUACCAAAAGAGGUGAGUGGCCCCGACGGACCCCCGGGGCCCUGGAACUGGGCUCGCUGGGCCCAAGUGGACAUUUCUAGUGGGCACUUCUCAGCAGGGAGGAGGAGGAGAAUCUUAGCGGCAUCUGUGGCUGCCUGGAAAUGCCCCACCCUUGGUCCAAGGCCUCCCUGUCCCUUUGCUGCAGAUGCCCCCCCCCCACUGCCCCCUGUAAUUAUGUAAAUAGUUGUCCGCCCCAGGAUUCCAUCCACUGCUCUACCCACCCUGGACCGGAGAAGGGACCGCUCUGGAUACCUGUGGAGUUCUCCUCCUGGAGACCCGGGCUCAGCUCAAGAUCCAAAACCACUUGUGACAAUCCCAGGCACCAGGGCAAUAGCAUCCUCCUUUGUUAACAUUCACGGGAUGCAGAAGGCCAAUGGGAUAUUCACAGGAUGGACAGGAGCCCUCCCUGAAUGGAUUCCUGCUAGUGUUGAGCCUAGUUGAAUUAGUCAGUGUACUAACAGUGUGUAUACUACUACUACUACUACUACUACUACUGUCGUCAAUAGUUCUAUGUGUGGAGCUUGUGACACGUUGUCCUCGAGCCAAAGCACAAUCCCACACGGGGACUCAGGAGGUGCCGGGUUUUUACCAUUCGAAGCAUCGAACCGGAAGUCUUUCUGAGGGGUUGGGUCCCAUCGGGUAGCGGCCACAGCUGAGACGAGAAUGGAGCAGAGAGCAGAGCUCAUCGUCGCAGCUUCUAGCAAAAUCUGAGGAGAAAGUCCUCUGGCCGGGAGCCUAAAGCGGGGAGGCCUGAGGGGGCUGCACCUUGCAGGCACCCCCUUUUCUGUGCCCCCGUUGGGUAGGUCCCCCGAUCUGAGUGGGGCAGGGUUUCUCCUGCCCUCUGUAGUCGAUGGGGAGCACCGUAUUUGGAGGUGCCCCGAACCGGCCCAGCUGAUGCUGCCAAAAGUCCAAGCAGUGACUCCGUUCCUCUAGAGCCAUAACAACGGAGGCGGUAGGUUCCUUGGCAGCGUCAGACACCCCUCCCCGCCUAAACUGGCCCGGGUUUCACCCCAAGCCCAUGCAGCCCCGACACCUCUGUGUCCACCUCCCGCUCCAGGCCCCCAGGCCAGCCUAGACCUUGGGAAAGUGACCAGGGGCCAGAGCGGAGAAAGGAUCUCCAGCUUGGCCCUGGAUCAGGCCCGAUCGGGUCACACGACCUCUGAAGCCCAGGUACCAGCCAACCCUUGGUUUCUGUCCAUUCCCCACUGCCCUGAAGAAGCCACAUGAUUUCUCGUGGGUCCACAGGGCAGGAGGUGGGGAGGUCAGCUUUCCCUCCAAGGGGUUCCUGGGUUCAGCCCCAAAUGGGCAGCGGGAGCCUCCAGGAAGAGCCAGCUCAGCGGCCACUUUUGCAUUCCUUCUGGGCAGGCAUGCUCCAGAAGGGCCAGAAACGGCCCCCCGACGCUGCUGCUACUAUGUCCCCACCCUGGACCUUGUACGGAAGGAGCCAAGGGUGCGGAGGUCACUAAGGUUCACUCAGGACCCGGCCCGGCCCGAUGGUACCACCUGUGAAACCGAGCACAGGGCGUCUCCCCUACUGCAGCCCAAACAAUUCCUACCUCAUUCUGGCUUCCUGCCUCAUUCCAGGCCCACCCCACUCUCCGCCCCCAGGUCCAGGCUUAGUUGGGGCAGGUUCCUCGGAGGAGACCUCUAUGUCCACGCGAUUUUCGUUGUGCCCUUGGGUCGCCCCUGCCCUCCUCUCUCCAUCACGACAGUCAAAGCCCCCUCCCGCUGGGAGAUGGCUUUCCUCCUGUCCCCACCCCACAUUUCCUUAGGAACGUGGCAUAUCUGCUUGGGAAAACCACCCCGGCUUUGCCCAGAGGGCUAGUCGAUAAUGGUGAUGUUAUACAUGGGUGUGGGGUAGACAGUAAUGGUGAUGUUAUACAUCGGUGUGUGUAUAUUUAGUUCUAGAUAGGCAACUAGAAUACUGCCAAAACUUUUAUGACAAGCUGUGUCACUGCCUUUUGUUUAUAAUUUUUUUUUUUUGAACUGUGAUAGUCCCCUACAGGUACGUAUAACUGUUGCACUUUGGAAAAGUCCCAAACGACUGUUUGAGGAUAAUAAAAGUUGAAGUGUU